AGUCUCAUCGCAGACUUCCCCUUCUCGGCCAGCAACUGCCUCCGCCACCGAGCCGUCGCCUUUCUCUCCUCACAGCAAGAUGGCCGACACCCUGGUCCUGCGCGGCACGAUGCGCGGCCAUUUCGAUGUGGUCACGGCCAUCGCUGCCCCCAUCGAUAACUCCGAUAUGAUCGUCUCCUCGUCCCGCGACAAAUCCGUCCUGGUCUGGCAGCUCACCAAGGACGCCCCCGCCGCCGCGGUCGAUGGAUCCGGAGGGGGAUCUUCCUACGGUGUGCCUCGCCGUCGCCUCACCGGUCACUCCCACUUUGUGCAGGACGUGGUUCUCUCCUCCGAUGGGCAGUUCGCGCUCUCCGGCUCUUGGGAUGGUGAUCUCCGGCUCUGGGACCUCUCCACUGGAGUCACUACCCGCCGCUUCACUGGUCACACCAAGGACGUCCUUUCCGUCGCUUUUUCCGUCGACAACCGCCAGAUCGUGUCGGCAUCCCGCGAUCGCACAAUCAAGCUCUGGAAUACCCUCGGAGAAUGCAAGUACACCAUUCAGGAUGCCGAUGCGCACACCAACUGGGUUAGCUGCGUUCGGUUCAGUCCUAACGCUUUAUCACCCAACAUCAUUUCUGGCUCCUGGGAUCGCACUGUUAAAGUCUGGAACUUGACCAACUGCAAGCUGCGAUCCACUCUUGCUGGACAUUCUGGCUACGUUAACACGGUUGCUGUUAGCCCUGAUGGAUCCCUCUGUGCUAGUGGUGGCAAGGAUGGAGUCACGUUGCUCUGGGACCUUGCUGAAGGGAAGCGCCUUUAUUCCCUUGACGCAGGGGCCAUCAUUCACGCCCUCUGCUUCAGCCCCAGUCGGUAUUGGCUUUGCGCUGCCACACAGGAGAGCGUCAAGAUCUGGGACCUCGAGAGCAAGUCCGUUGUGCAGGAUCUUAAACCUGAGGCAACUGCCACCAAGAACCAGAUGCUCUACUGCACGAGCUUGACUUGGAGCGCCGACGGCAGCACACUAUUCACUGGAUACACAGAUGGAGCCAUCAGAGUGUGGGAGAUACGCUACUAGACUCUACAAAGAGCUUUAUCGGGUGUGGUUCUUAUUCACUAUCCAAAAUUAUGAGGAACAUAUCUUGUUAUGCUAUUGCUUGUUGCAAUUCUCCUCCUGCUUUUUGAAACACUUUCAGGUGAAAUGUAUUGGGAACUUGUUGCUUUCACUGUUACUUUGGUUCAUAUGAAUAACUAUUUUCUUCUUAAUAAAAAAAAAGAAGAGCACUUUUUAAUA